AGCAACACACGAUCUCUACAAGAUUAGGGGAUCGAUUAGUUUCAGAUCUGAAGAAAAAAAGAAAAAAACUUAAAUUUCUUGAUCGAUUUGCUUAAUCCUUUGCUUUGCAAGUGAAAAUGGAGAACGAGUUGGACUUAACACUGAAGUUGGGUUUGCCGAAUUCGACUGUUGUUGAGACACAUCUGAGCUUAAACACUUCCACCACCACUUCAACCAUCACUGAUCAGGGAACCAUCAACACCAACGUCGUCGUGGACGGUGGCCGUGGAGAUCACAACAACAACAACGAAGGCAGCCGCGGAGGCAUCAGCAACGACGGCGGUGAGGUUUUUAACCUACGUCGGUCUCUUCGGGGAGAUCAUGAAGUGAUCAACGACCAAGGUGCAAGAAGCAACGUGGACAUGAAUAUAAGAGUCUACAAUUACAUCUUUCAACAGUUCGUCGGCGUCCCUAACACCUUGAACGUCGGUCCUUAUCCGAUGCCUCCGUCUCCGAGAUCGACACCGGCUCUGGCCGUGACUCCUGAGUUUGUUCUGAUCGACGUUCCCGCUAGGAGAGCUAGUCGUAACAACACUGAGUUGAUGGCCAACGCUUGGAACGAGACCCCGAGUGCUCACGCGAAGCGGCUUCGCGGUUGCGAUGGCUACUACCGCGGCGGAAGGGGUGGCGGAAGGGGUGAAGGGACGUUGAGGAAGUGUACGAACGUGAAUUGUAACGCACUUACCACUCCUAUGUGGCGAAGGGGUCCUCUUGGUCCUAAGAGUUUGUGCAAUGCUUGUGGGAUCAAGUUCAGGAAGGAGGAAGAGAGGAAAUCCAAAAGGAACCGAGAGUGAUUGUAGUUGGAAAACUAUUUUAUCAUUAUAAAUUUAUAAUUAAGCAAUUGUAAUUUUAAGGUCGCUCAUUUGCAAAGCUUAUAUAAUAUUCAUGAAUUUGUGGUUU